UUUUACUACAAAACAACUUAAGACUUGCUUUGCUCCACUGGUCAACUAACACUACACUGAGCUUCACAUAGCAAGACAUAUACAGUCAUAGGAGCUAGCAGCAGUUGCAGUUAGCAAGAAAGCAAGAAAUCAUGGGUUUCUCCAUGGGCUUGAACUUAGUGCUUCUCCUAGCCAUGGUGGCCACCAACAUCCUCUCCCUCUACCAUCUUUCCUCCACUCUUCAAUCUCCCAAGCCCCCAACUCAACAACCAGUCCCUGACCACCUCCUCCACCAACUCAACACCAUACGCGCCACCAUCAGCCAUCUCACGCGCCACCAACCACCUUCCAUUACCCCAUCUCCCACCUCUACCAAACCCUCCAUCCCUCAAGAUCUCCUCCUUUAUUCACACCUCUCACCUAUAGCUUCUUCUUGCCAUAACCACCCUGAUCUUCUACACAAGUACAUGGCCUACACUCCUUAUUCUCUUUGCCCUCUUGACUCUGAUCUUCUUGCUGAGUCUUUAAUCCUCCAUGGCUGCCACCCUCUCCCUCGCCGUCGAUGCUUCUCCAAAACCCCACCAAAACCUCCGUCUUCUCUUCCUCGUAACCCUUUCCCUUCCUCGUUUCUUGACUCAAAUGUAAUCUGGAACAAGUAUCCUUCUUGCAAGUCAUUUUCUUGCCUAGCUAAGAAAAGCCCAGGUCUUGGCUUUGAUCCAAACGCUGAGAUCUCCAAGUUUAUGACUUACAAGACUGAGUUGGAUCUCCCAGUCCCACAGUUGCUACAAGUAGCAAAAUCAGCCAAUUCUGUUAUUAGACUUGGUAUUGAUAUUGGUGGUGCUACUGGUACUUUUGCAGCUAGAAUGAAGCAGUACAAUGUGACUGUUGUCACUACAACAAUGAAUUUCAAUGUGCCCAAUAAUGAAGUGGUGGCAUUGAGAGGCUUAGUGCCACUUCAUGUGCCAUUGCAGCAGAGGUUGCCGGUUUUUGAUGGGGUGGUGGAUCUGGUCAGAUGUGCGCAUGCAGUGAAUAGGUGGAUACCUUUGACAAUGAUGGAGUUUUUGUUUUACGAUGUUGAUAGAGUGUUGAGGGGCGGUGGGUAUUUAUGGUUUGAUCACUUCUUUUGUAAACGAAUGGAUCUUGAUAAGGUUUUUGGACCUUUGAUUGGGAAAUUGGGUUACAAGAAGGUGAAGUGGGCAGUUGGGAAUAAAACUGAUUCUAGUGGCUUGAAGAAUGAGGAGGUUUACUUGACUGCACUUUUGCAAAAGCCUGUGUCAAAAUGAGGAUCAGAUAUAUCUCUUGAGUGGUUGGAAGUCUUGACCAUGUUGCCUGGAUUUAUGAAUAAAUGUUUUGCCUGUUCAGACUUCAGACUGUAAGUUGGGUCAAUUUAUGAAAUUUAUUCAGGUAUCAUUGUCAGAUCUUGUCAGCUGAUUGAUCAGGGGACACAACAGACAACCCUUUUCAAGAUUAGAUCUCGUUUACAUAGAUGAUGCUGUUCUUUGCCUUAGCAAUGAAGCAAACAUGGUUAUUGGCACUAAUAUGGAUAAAGAGCAAAGGGGUGCGGAAAUGCUGUAAAAUAAUAGAAUGGAAAAUGGGCAUACUGAUUCAGGAGGGUUAUUAGCAAAUUGCGGUGAAGGUGGUGGAUUUUCGUUUGUUUUUGGAUUCGUUGUAUGUUAUAUAUAUUCAGUUGAACUGUUCAGGAAUGAAUCAAGAGAUCAAACAUAUCUUUUAUGCUGGCAAUCAAAUCUAUUAUGGUAAAUUUAAUGAAAAAAGUUGGCUUUGUGCA